AUUGUGUGCUUGCCCCUGGAACUGCCCAUCUCUGUUACCAGAAGUCUUUAGCCCUCUGCAGGACGCAGCUCCGUGAUGACGUCAGUCGCCUAUAAAACCCAGCAGAAGUUCGUGGAGGCCACAAACUGAAGUUACUGAGGCUGCCCUAUGUUCGCAGUCCGUGUGACGAUAUCUGAGGGACAAAUAGGACGAUUCUUAAAUUUCUUUGGUUAUGACGACCGUUCGCCAUCUUUGAAGGGACUACGCACGAACUUUUAGGACUUGAAGCGUUGUGUUUUAUCUCUUCAUUUUACUGUGUGUGAUGCCAGCGGGGAUGUUCAGCAUUGACAGUAUACUGGCGGGGAGACCAAGUUGCAAGGACUCCGUUUUGAUUCAUCGGAAUGCCCCUGUUGUGUUCCCCAAUUUGACGGAUACUUUGUACACAGCUGCCGAAUAUAACGGUCUUUAUUCCCACACUGGACCUUCGACACCGAGCAUACAGUCGGUGAAUGGAACCAGAAUUGGCUAUAAUAACUAUUAUUACGGACAACUUCAUGUACAAGGACCAGCUGGCCCCGCCUGUUGUGGCGCAAUUCCUACGCUUGGUUCACAGCAAUGCCCGUGCAUUCCCACAGGCUUUGACAGUACUGGAUCAGUGCUUAUUUCCCCGGUGCCGCACCAGAUGAUGUCGUAUAUGAACGUCGGCACGCUGUCCCGCACAGAACUUCAGCUCCUCAACCAGCUGCACUGCCGACGGAAGAGGAGACAUCGCACCAUCUUCACUGACGAACAGCUCGAGGCUUUGGAAAACCUUUUCCAAGAAACGAAAUAUCCGGACGUUGGGACACGAGAGCAGUUAGCGCGUAAAGUCCAUCUACGAGAGGAGAAAGUGGAGGUGUGGUUCAAAAACAGACGAGCAAAAUGGAGAAGACAGAAAAGGUCGUCUUCUGAGGAAUCAGAGAACUCGCAGAAAUGGAACAAAUCAACGAAAACACCAACAGAGAAACCAGACGAGAGCAAAACUGAUGUGGAUUCAGACAGCUGAUAGCGCUAAAAAACGUGGAAGCGCAAAUAUUGCACACAUUUACUCGGACUUAUUGUAUAUAGUGUAAAAAAUAUCAUGUGAAGUUGAAGUACUGAAAGUGUGUUUCCAUGCUGUUGCACAAAUGUAUAGUAAUAUUACUUUUUAUUACUGUCAUGAUUAUUUAUAUUUAAUUUAAGUGUAACACAAUUCUUUAAACAAGAAGGGGAUUUCGUCGGGAAGCUUUUCUCAGUAUUUUGCAAGCUGUCAUCUCAUCUAAAUAUUGAAUGUUAUAUCUGGUAAUAUGUCUUAACAGAGGAACAGGUACAGUUUAGGCUGCCAAAAUAUUUAACUGUUUCAAGUAAAAAAAGGAAAAGAUUUAAUUUUCUUGAAUUAGGAUUCAAUCUUUUGUAACUUUCACAGACAACGAAGUCCUAUCUGUAAACACCGAAGACAACUUUGUUACAGACAUGUCUAUCAGAGUUGAUAAUACUUAUUGAAACAGUGACUAUACAUUAAACAAUCCAAAAACAA